UUCAGAGCCCGCAAACUAGCCAUCAGGUUCAGGAAUCACAGUUUAGUGGACCUCACAGAGAGAACCUUCAGCCCAGACGCACCGGUGGACACCAAAGGCUCCUUCUGCAGCAAAGACAAAGCCAUACUCAAUCUCCGUUUCGGCGAUGUGGAAGAUCUCUCUAUCAGGCUACAGAUGUCAAACACGUUCUACGAGUCUGCGGGACAGAACUGGUUCACUCUGGAUAACGUGUACAUCCAUUACAACUGGACGCACGAGGCCACGUUCAACGCUACAGAUGUGUACGCGCCCUCCACCAACUCCUAUCACUGCCAGCACGUCAGCAGCCUGCAGAAGUACGACACGCUGCUGGUGCCCAGCGCCAACACCGACCACGCCGCACACUGGCACAUAACCUUCACCGACUUCCAGAUCCAGGCGUUUACCGUUCACUCCAGUAAGUUUGCGGCGGCCAGUGACUGCGCGACCUUCUUCACUCCUGCCAUCCUGAUGGGUCUGAUCACGUCUCUGAUCCUGCUGCUGGUGCUGGCCUACGCGCUGCACAUGGUGGUUCACCUGAAGCACAUCGACCGCUACGAAGAGCACAAGACCACCGUCUACUUCCCGCGCAACACAGAAGCGGAGAGCACAGAGAAGAACAACCUCUAGAGUCCCGAGAGAGAGACGGACACUUCUGUGACUGUGAGCUCUGACUCCCAUCUGAACGGAGAAUCAGAGCUGUUUGGGACUGACUGCACCACGGCAGUGGCAUCAUUGUGGUGGGACAGUGGAAGUCCGAAUCAGGUUCCUUCGGGAGCUUUACAGGCUCGGCACACUGGAGGAUUUGAAGAUAUCAGCCAGUUCUCACCAAAAAUCUAGGAAUUAAACAUUCAGCGUCAGGUUACAUGAGGGGAAGGAGAUCUUCAGAUGUUUGAAUGCAAUUCGAAAUAGCACAAUAAUCAAUAUAUCUUGCAUUUGCAUCGUCUGUCUUAGCUUCUGUUUGAUUGCUAAGAACCAGAUUUAACUUCAGCACUGAUGCUUCUUUGAAGUCAACAUGAAAUGGUGUUUCGCAAGCAAUUUUGCAGUUGUAAUUCUACAUAUUUGUGAAUAAAACAUCUUGAUUUUUUCAUCUGGAACUGAUUGGAUGGUAUUAUGGAAGCGCAUUUCCGCUACAGAAUUGAAAAUAUCAAAGAGAUA